AUGGCAAUUGCCUGCAGGCUCCUGAGAUGGGCCCUGGCCUUCUCUCUCAGUCUCCCCAGCCAGCCUGCCUCCGCCUUCCAAUCACAAGAGGAGUUUCUCUCCAGCCUCAAGAGCUAUGAGAUCACCUUCCCCGUCCGUGUAGACCACAAUGGAGCCUUCCUGGACUUUGCGCCUCCUCAGCGGCAGCGACGCAGCCUGGGGACUCGGCCCCCUGAGCCAGCAGAGCCACGAGUCUUCUACAAGGUGGAGGCCCCGCACACCCGCUUCCUGCUCAACCUGACACUCACCUCCCACCUGCUGGCCGAUCACUUUUCCGUCGAGUAUUGGAAGCGGGACGGGCUGGACUGGCGCCACCACAUCCGCCGGGAGUGCCUCUAUGCUGGGCACCUGCAGGGCCAACGGCUUAGUUCCAAAGUGGCCAUCAGCAAUUGCCACGGGCUGCAUGGCCUGAUCGUGGCAGAUGAAGAGGAGUACUUCAUCGAGCCCUUGAGUGGAAGAGGAUCCGGUGUUCCUGAAGGAGAGGGCAGCCCUCAUGUGGUGUACAAGCGCUCAUCCCUGCAGCGCCCCCACCUGGAUGCUGCCUGUGGAGUGUUAGACGAGAAGCCCUGGAAGGGGAGGCCCUGGUGGUUGCGCCCCUUGAAGACAGCACCCACCAAACCCUUGGGCAACCAGACGCAGCGGGGCCAGCUAGCCCUGAAACGUUCAGUGAGCCAGGAGCGUUAUGUGGAGACCUUGGUGGUGGCCGACAGGAUGAUGGUGGCCUACCAUGGGCGGCGUGAUGUCGAGCAGUAUGUCCUGGCCAUCAUGAAUAUUGUUGCCAAACUUUUCCAGGACUCAAGUCUGGGGAACAUAGUUAACAUCCUGGUGACCCGACUGAUCCUGCUCACGGAGGACCAGCCCACUCUGGAGAUAAACCAUCACGCCGGGAAGUCCCUGGACAGUUUCUGCAAAUGGCAGAAAUCCAUCGUGAACCGCAACGGCCACGGCAACGCCAUCCCGGAGAACGGCAUCGCCAACCAUGACACCGCUGUGCUCAUCACCCGGUAUGACAUUUGCAUCUACAAGAACAAGCCAUGUGGCACCUUAGGCCUGGCCCCCGUAGGAGGCAUGUGCGAGCGGGAGAGAAGCUGUAGCAUCAACGAAGACAUUGGCUUGGCCACAGCCUUCACCAUUGCCCACGAGAUCGGCCACACGUUUGGCAUGAACCACGAUGGCGUGGGCAAUGGUUGUGGUGCCCGUGGCCAUGAGACAGCCAAGCUUAUGGCUGCCCAUAUCACCAUGAAGACCAACCCUUUUGUCUGGUCCAGCUGCAGCCGUGACUACAUCACCAGCUUCCUGGACUCCGGCCUGGGGCUGUGCCUGAACAACGCGCCCCCCAAGCAGGACUUUGUGUACCCGACUAUGGCCCCAGGCCAGGCCUACGACGCAGAUGAGCAGUGCCGUUUCCAGUAUGGAGUCAAAUCUCGCCAGUGUAAAUACGGGGAGGUGUGCAGUGAGCUCUGGUGUCUGAGCAAGAGCAACCGCUGCAUCACCAACAGCAUCCCGGCCGCCGAGGGCACCAUCUGCCAAAGCAGCACCGUCGACAAGGGGUGGUGCUACAAACGAGUGUGUGUGCCCUUUGGCUCCCGGCCGGAGGGAGUGGACGGGGCCUGGGGGCUGUGGGCCCCUUGGGCUGAGUGCAGCAGGACAUGCGGGGGCGGCGUCUCCUCCUCCACCCGCCAUUGUGACAGUCCCAGGCCAACCAUCGGGGGCAAGUACUGCCUGGGAGAGCGCAAGCGCUAUCGAUCCUGCAACACUGAUGACUGUCCCCCUGGCUCCCAGGACUUCCGGGAGCUGCAGUGUUCUGAGUUCGACAGUGUUCCAUUCCGGGGCAAAUACUACACGUGGAGGACCUACCGGGGAGGUGGGGUGAAGUCCUGCUCUCUCAACUGCUUGGCCGAGGGCUUCAACUUUUACACUGAACGGGCAGCCGCCGUAGUGGAUGGGACCCCCUGCCGGCCGGACACUAUCGACAUCUGUGUCAACGGGGAAUGCAAGCAUGUCGGCUGUGACCGGAUCCUGGGCUCGGACCUGAGAGAAGACAAGUGUCGCGUGUGCGGGGGUGACGGCAGCUCCUGCGAGACCAUCGAAGGUGUCUUCGCCCCCACGUUGACUGAGGGCGGCUACGAAGAGGUGAUCUGGAUCCCCAAGGGCUCUGUACACAUCUCCAUCCGGAACCUGAAUCUCUCCCUCAGCCACCUGGCUCUGAAGGGGGAGAAUGAUGCCUUCCUGCUGGAAGGGAAGCCAGGUCCUUCCCCCCAGCUCCGCCUGCCCCUGGCUGGGACUAUCUUUCACCUGCGCCAGGGGGCCGACCAACCUGAGUGCCUGGAGGCCCUGGGGCCCACCAAUGCCACCCUCAUCGUCAUGGUGCUGGUGCGUUCAGACCUGCAGGGCAUCCGCUACCGCUUCAAUGCUCCCAUCACCCACGAAGCCCUGCCCCCGACCUACACUUGGCACUAUGCUCCCUGGACCAAGUGCUCUGCCCUGUGUGCAGGGGGCAGCCAAGUCCAGGCCGCAGAGUGCCGGAAGCAGCCGGACAGCUCCCCCGUCCCCUCGCACCACUGCAAGGCCCACGCCAAGUUGCCUGAGCGUCAGCGAUCCUGUAACACUGAGCCCUGCCCACCCAGCUGGGCCGUGGGCAACUGGUCAGGUUGCAGCCGGAGCUGCAACAGGGGAGCGCGAACCCGCUCAGUGGUGUGCCAGCGUCGGAUCUCACCCAACGAAGAGAAGACCCUGGAUGACAGUGCCUGUGCCCAACCUCGACCCCACGUGCUGGAACCCUGCAGCAGUCAGUCCUGCCCGCCCGAGUGGGCUGCCCUUGACUGGUCUGAGUGUAACCCCAGCUGCGGGCCUGGCCUCCGCCACCGUGUCAUCCUGUGCAAGAGUGGAGACCACAGCGCCACGCUGCCCGCUUCACAGUGCUCAGCCGCCACCAAGCCUCCCACCAGCAUGAGGUGUAAUCUGCGCCGCUGCCCCCCACCCCGUUGGGUGGCUGGAGAGUGGGGAGAGUGCUCGGCCCAGUGCGGCUUCGGGCAGCAACUACGCUCUGUGCUGUGCACCACCCACACCGGCCAGCUGUCCGGGGACUGCACGGCGGCCCUGCAGCCCCCAGCCACACAGCAAUGUGAGACCAAGUGUGAAAGCAGCCCCACGGAGAGCCCCGAAGAGUGCAGGGAUGUGAACAAGGUCGCCUACUGCCCCCUGGUGCUCAAGUUCAAGUUCUGCAGUCGCUCCUACUUUCGCCAGAUGUGUUGCAAGACGUGCCUGGGGCGCUAGGGAGGUCCGGGCGGAACCAUCCGGACCCCACAGCCGAGGAGAAAUGCCUCUGACAUCCCCACGGAGCCCG